UGUUCAGUAUGAGAGGCUAUUUAACAGACACUAGACUCUGAGGCUCAUCUCAGUCAGUCAUGGGUCAUCUUGGGAUUCAGAUGUGGACAUGGACCGUGUGUGUCCUCUUGAGCUGGAUGUGUGUGGGUCAAGCAGUGGCAGGACCGCAGUACAUGGUAGCCAUACCUGCGGUUCUUGAAGCUGGAGCUGAGACCAAGUUCUGUGCGAGUCUCCUGCAGCCCAACGAGACUCUGGUCAUGACCGUCACUUUGAUGUCCCAAGACAAGAAUACAACCCUCCUCCAGAAGACAUCCAGUGAAGCAUUUCAUUCCUGUGAGCAGUUUCAGGCUCCUUUAGUGCAGAAUGAAGUGGUGCAGAAGUUGGAGGUGGAGGUACGAGGCAACACAUUUUACUCCAAAGAAGUCAGGAAAGUCAUGAUCAAAGGCUAUCAACCAGUGACAUUCAUCCAAACAGAUAAACCAAUCUACCUCCCUGGACAAACAGUACAUUUCAGAGUCGUCUCACUGGACACCAAACUGAGACCUGCCAGUCAGCUGUACAAUAUCAUCGAAAUUAAGGAUGCUAACAGCAACAGGAUUGGACAGUGGCUGAACCAAACAUCCAAUGGUAAAAUACUGCAGCUUUCUUACUCAUUGAACUCUGAGGCCCGUGAAGGAGGCUACAGCGUUAUUGUGUCGAUUGGUGAAAGUAAACUGUAUCACAGCUUCAAGGUGGAGAAAUAUGUUUUGCCCAAAUUUGAUGUAAAAAUAGAUUCAUCUGAUGAAUCAAAUAUUGAGCAGGAAGAAAUCAAAGCUGAAGUAUGUGCAAAGUACACAUAUGGACAGCCUGUGCCAGGCAGUGUUAAUGUUAAGGUGUGCCGACCUCUUCAGCGCUAUUUGUAUGGUACCCCUGUAAUCACCACUGAACAUCCAGAGGGAGUCCCUGAGAUCAUUCCCCCAUGCUACAAGGAGACAAAGCAGACGGACAAGAAAGGCUGUGCCACUUUUACUGUCAAGAUGUCCACGUUCACAAAACUUGACAAAAAGGUGCUGCAAGAUCAUCUGCAACUCAGUGCCAAAGUGGUAGAGGAGGGGACAGGUAUUUCACACCCACAAGAGAAGAGAAUAACCAUUUCAUAUGUUGUUGGAAAGUUGUCCAUCAUUGACACACCCAAGAUUUACGACCGAGGAUCAAAUGUGGAGGGAAAAGUCAAAGCAGUUUAUUACAAUAAUACACCCAUUGCUGACAUGCCAGUGUACCUGUUUGAGGGUGAAUCAUGGUCAUCACGCCGGCUGCAGAACCUCACAACUAGCAGUGAUGGUGUCGCAACUUUCUCAUUUAGCACAGCUGACUUUAAUGGGGACAUCCACCUCCAUGUUAGCAACAAACCGACACGGGAGUACUCUGGUUAUAGAACUGCAUACUAUGAGGAUGCAGAUCACAAAUUGUCUUUGGCCCAGCCUCCCUCUCUACAUACUAAAACUGUCAGCUCCCUAGAGGUGAAGAAGAAGGAUACACCACUUCCCUGUGACAGUGAUGAAAACAUCUCCAUCCGAUACACUGUUGUUGGAGAGGCUCAGGGCUCUGUGGAUGUGAUGUAUCUGGUCUUAUCCAGAGGAGCCAUUGUCACGCAAGGACUUAAACAGGUUGAAGUUCAAGAUAAAUCAGUGAAUGAGGGCGAAGUAUCCUUCAAGUUGAAAGUGUCUGCAGAGAUAGCACCAGAAGUCCAGAUUGUGGCUUACACCAUCCUCCCCAGUGAGACUGUCAUCGCCCACAGUGCUGACUUCUCCACCGAGAAAUGCUUCAGUCACAAGGUGUCGCUGGAGUUUUCUCCGUCCUCAGCUGUCCCAGGAGAGGAGACCACCUUGCAGGUGACAGCCCAGCCAGACUCUCUGUGCGGAGUGAGCGCUGUCGACCAGAGUGUCCUCAUCAAGGAGCCAGGGAAGACUCUGGAGACAGAUAAGAUAUUUGAUUUGUUGCCUGUAACAAAAGCAACCUAUAUUCCAUAUGAGGCUGAAGAUCCUGUAGAAUGCUUGCAUGUGAGACCUAGGAGAUAUGUUUUGCCAUACCCGGACCGUGACGAGAAAAGUGAUGCUCAUACAGUUUUCCAGAAUGUAGGUCUGAAGAUGGCAACAAACUUGUUUAUCCGAGUGCCUUCAUGUCUCAAGUUCAAAGGAAGAGAAUACCACCAAGGCCACUUUGGUGUUAUAAGUUAUGACAGUGUUCCUCAAAUAAACAGGAUGGGAGUGGGAUUGGGGGCUGCACCUGGUCCUGGUAUGGCAUUCGCCGAAUCCUAUCCUGCUCCAAUAGAAACAGUCCGCACUUUCUUCCCUGAGACCUGGAUAUGGGACCUGGUUGAAGUUGGAGAGUCUGGAACGAAAGAUGUGUCCCUCACUGUCCCAGACACCAUCACCACCUGGGAAACAGAGGCUUUCUGUUUGUCCCCUCUGGGUUUUGGCUUGGCUCCUCGUAAAGAGAUCAAGGUCUUCCAGCCCUUCUUCCUCGAGCUCAGCCUGCCCUACUCCAUCAUCCGGGGGGAGCACUUUGAGCUGAAGGCAACCACCUUCAACUACCUGUCCAGCUGCAUCAUGGUCACUGUGACUCCAACACCCUCCUUGGAUUACACCCUCACCCCCCUCUCUGGUGACCAGUACACAUCCUGUCUGUGUGGCAAUGAGCGCAAGACCCUCAGCUGGACCAUGGCUCCCUCAGCCUUGGGGGUUAUGAAUGUGUCAGUGCGUGCUGAGGCUUUGGCUUCCCAAGCUUCGUGUGACAAUGAGAUUGUGAGUGUGCCAGACAGAGGUCGUAUUGACGUGGUCACGCGGUCUCUCAUAGUAAAGGCUGAGGGAACUGAGAUGACAAAGACGUACAACUGGCUGCUCUGCCCAAAAGGGGAAGCUUUGACAGAGGAAACAGACGUACAACUCCCUGACAACAUGAUUGAUGGAUCUGCCCGUGCUACACUUUCAGUCCUGGGUGACAUUCUGGGCCGAGCUCUGAACAACCUGGAUGGGCUGCUGAGGAUGCCAUAUGGAUGUGGUGAACAGAACAUGGCGCUUCUGGCCCCCAACAUUUACAUCCUCCAAUACCUGAAAAACACACAGCAGCUGACCCCAGCUAUCAAAGAAAAGGCUACCAACUUCCUGACCAGUGGCUACCAGAGACAACUGAACUACAAACAUCAAAACGGUGCUUACAGCACAUUUGGAUCAGGAGCAGGAAACACUUGGCUGACUGCUUUUGUGCUGAGAUCUUUUGCCAAAGCACAAUCUUUCAUCUACAUCGACCCAACAAACAUUGAAGAGUCGAAGACUUGGCUGAAGCGCAAACAACGAGAAAAUGGCUGUUUUGAACAGUCGGGGAAACUCUUCAACAACCGAAUGAAGGGUGGUGUGUCUGAUGAAGUGACUCUCAGUGCUUACAUCACUGCUGGCUUCUUGGAGAUGAAUACGCCUGUAAAGAAUCCAGUGGUGAAUCAGAGCCUGUCUUGCCUCAAAGAGUCCAUCAGUGACCUCAGCAACACGUACACCACAGCUCUGCUGGCCUACGUCUUCACCCUGGCAGGAGACAUGGAGACCCGUGCUCACCUUCUGAAUCACCUAGACACGGUCGCAUUAAACCAAGGAGGUUUCCUCCACUGGUCUCAGACAGCAACAGAAACGUCAGCCUCUCUAUCAGUGGAGAUCAGCUCCUACGUGCUGCUGGCCAAACUCAGUGCCUCUCCUACCGCUGAAGACCUGGGCUAUGCUGCCCGCAUCAUCAGAUGGAUCACAGGGCAGCAGAACUAUUAUGGAGGCUUUUCCUCGACACAGGACACAGUGGUGGCUCUUCAGGCUCUGGCUCUCUACUCCUCUCUGGUGUUCAGUCCAGGGGGUUCAAGCACAGUGACUGUCCAGUCUCCCAGUGGUCGGCUGACAUUUGAUGUGAAUCAAGACAACAAACUGCUCUACCAGGAGGAGGUGCUAAAGGACAUGACAGGAAAAUACAGCCUGGUGGUGCAGGGCAAUGCAUGUGCUUCAGUGCAGAUUUCUCUUCACUACAACAUCCGGACUCCUGCUGAUGUCACCACUCUCAGUGUGGAAGUCAAACCAGAGGCCGACUGCACUGGCAAAUCUCAAAGACCCAAACUCACUCUGAAGUUAAAGUCCUUAUAUAGUGGAAAGGAAAGCACAACAAACAUGGUGAUCCUGGAUAUCAAAAUUCUCUCUGGAUUUGUCCCAGACCCAGAGUCUUUGAGGAGGCUCAAAGGUGCUCUGCUGGUGGAUCGCGUUGAACAAAAGGAAGACCAUGUUCUUGUGUACAUACAGGAGUUACCAAAGGACAUACCCAUCAACCACAACUUAGAGCUCAUACAGGAGCUGCCAGUGCAGAACCUGAAACCAGCCGUGGUCAAGAUCUAUGACUACUACCAGCCAAGUGACCAGGCAGAAACAGAAUAUAUCUUCCCUUGUGUUGCAGCUUGAAGAGUGUCAUAUGGUCAGUCCUCAGGCUUCCAUAGACCAUAAAAUAAAUUGUCCCACUUAAAA